UAUGAUAAUAUUAAGAUCAUUUUGGUUAUAACAGAAUAAGUUAUUGUAGUUCAUACCAGCUGAAAUAUAAUGUUCUUCCUCGACACUUUAUUACCUUAACAGGGUAAGGUGUAAACAAACCGUAGUUGUGUUACUUCUCAUAUACUGUUACUGUGGCUGUUUAAGUUUUCAUAGUUUAGAUAGACCAAGGGGACUGGAAAGAGUCCACCGAACAAAAACCCUCACUUGUUUAUGUAGAGUACUGUACAGUAUAUGAGGCUCAAACAAUAUGUCUUCUCAUAAGUUUGAGUUGCUGGAUGAGGAGGUGGAGGCACUUCUCGACCAGGUUACUGAUAAGCUAGAGUGUGGUGUUGGACAGUGCAAAAGCCAAGAGGAGCGUAAGAAUUUGUUGUCAGAAAUUGAACGAUCAUUGAAAGAUGCAAAUGACUCACUGGUAGAGAUGGAUAUUGAAAUAAGGAAAGCUCCAGCUGAUUACAGAAACACAAUGACAAGCAAAGUACAACGAUACCGGAAUGAAUUGUUAAGAUAUCAGAGGCGGUUUGAUCAAGAGAAGACAACUCACUCCCAUAUGAGCAAUAGAUCAUCAUUAUUUUCCUCUGCCCAAGACAGUGAUGGUUUUGAUGCUGAAAUUCGUAAACAGAUAAGACAAGGCACUGUAAUCAUGGAACGAACAUCGGCAAGCAUAGUGCGUUCUACCACAAUAGCUGUAGAAACAGAACAAGUUGGUACAGAAGUCUUGGGUGAGUUAGGAACCCAAAGAGAAACCCUGACUCGAGCAAGAGACCGGCUGGUUGACACAGACGCUGAACUGAGUAGAAGCAGGAGAAUAAUUCGAUCCAUGUCACGCCACGUAUUGUACAACAAGAUACUUCUGAUAAUGAUAAUAUUACUGGAGAGUGCAAUACUCGGUGGUUUAGUGUAUUGGAAGUUUAUUAUGAAGUGAUUCCAUUCCAUUCCAUAUAGGUAGUACAUCUUUAUAAAAGGUAUUUUAUUGUGGAGAUAACAUAAGCUGCAUUAGAAUGAAGGUUAUGUUGUAUACCACAGAGUUUUAUAUGAAAGACUGUGGAAGUGUAGUGACAGUUAUAUGAAUUGUAACUUGUUUACUGCUCAGAUAUUUAUAUUAAGUAAAUCAUUUCCUGCGUGUGAAGCACCAAUAGACAUGUCACUUACCGAACACUCAUCCAGUACUACCCCAUGACUUACCAUUUUUCAGUUUUCCUGUCCUUCCUUCAGGUGUCUUCUUUCAGUUUUCCUGUCCUUCCUUCAGGUGUCUUCUUUCAUUUUUCUUAUCCUUUUUUCAGGUCUUCGUAAUUGCCACAAGUUUUAUCCAAUAUAUACGCAUACCCGUGCUGAUAUCCUUUUUGUCAAGUCAGUUUCCCUAGCUUGUAAAAUUUACUUCUUCUACAUGUAAUAUUGUGGUCAACCUUCUAUUUAUUCCUUCCUCUACUUAUUAUCCAAUCUGCGUGUACUAAUACCGAUUGAGGUACUACUAUAAUCCACUUUCCUGUCCAUGAACUUAACAGUUUUCUCAGCACACUGCUUACUGUACCUUUACUUCCUCUUCAACACUUAGGAGCACUGCACUCAGUAUUGUAUGUUACCUUUCUGGAUAGUUAUUAUUGUCUCAUGUAUAAGCCAAUGGUACAGAAGAUCCUCUCCUCCUUGCCUAGCCAAAGCUAUUCUAACAUAACGUAGCCUAACAUACCCAAAUCUAAGAUAAACUAACUUCACUCAUCAUAUUGUAGUGUUACAUAACCUAACCUAACAUAAUUUCACCUACCUUAAAAUAGCCAAACCUUAGCUAAACAGACCAAGGGUAACACUCUUUUUUCACUUCAUUGAAACAUCAAGGGUCCAACAGAAAUGAUCAUGACACUAGCUGUGAAACUAUUGGUGUAGUUGUCAUGUAUACAGCAGUCGUCUCAUUCUCAAGUUGCUUUUGCUUAACAGUUUUGUCCAAUUCUUCUGUAUAUUUCACUAUGUGCUCUAGAAAUCAGAGCUUCUUUUCUCAAAUGUUAUGAAUUUUGUCUGUUUUCUCGUAAAUAUUUGCACCAUUGUCUGCUGCUCUUACAACUUAAGCUCCUGAAAGAAAUAAUGUACCUGUAGUAUAUGACUUCAUAGGUUACAUCCUUAUAGGCUUGGAUAAAGGCAUGUCCCAACUCCCAAAAAGAGAAGAACAAAGUAACAUAUGAAAAGAGGUAGCUGCAGCUGGCCAGGCCCGUACUCGGCAGUUCUGUUGACCCAUAUUGCUCAUCUGUCCAACCUAUAGUUGCAGCUUCCCAGCAAUUUCUGUUAUUCGGUUAAUAUAUAUACUGUACUAUAGUUAUUUUGUGAUAUUUUAAUUUCUAAUAUAAUAAACAGUAACCAUAAUUAAUAAUUUCCCAAGGUGCUGCUUGUGAAAGGAAAUGUGUAUGCAAUUGUGUGUAUCUGAUUUUGUGUACAGUACAUGCUCUCUAACAUUGAUCAAGGGAUUUCUAUCAAACUUGGUAUUGUAUAUGGGCAUACAGUACCAUGAAAAGAUCAACGACAAGUUCAGUACUAUACUAUAAUUAAUAUUCCCUGUUACUGUUGCCUAGCAUUAUGGUCCAUCAGACUUAAUACAGUACAGUACUUGUUUUGCAGGGGAUUUGACUUCCCUCAGUAGUGAUCACUUAUAGUGUUCAUGAUUCUCUUUUAGGUGUAUACAGUACAUAUAUAUCUUCUGGUAGAAUAUAGAAAAGUAGUUUGUAAUUUUUACGUACAUUUCAGUCUAUCAUUCCAUGUGAUUUUUAAUAUCUUCCUCUACAUUUUUCAACUCGGAAUACAGUAUACUGUACAGUGAUCUGUGAUGUGAUAGGAUAAGUCUGAUGUACAGAAAUUGUUUUCAGAAGUGAUAGUUUUUCUUGAGGCCAGUUCUCUUUCUGGAGGUCAGUUGUGUCAGUAAUUUUUUUUUAGCAUCAGCACCGAGAUCUUACUUGUCAGUUAGGUUACUAAGUGUUUACAGUUGAACGUAAGUCUUUCACAAGAUUAAUUAAUAUUUCUCCUUUGACUUUUGCUCUGUUGUUAUUUAUUUUCUUGUAACUUCAUUUCUGUUGUAAAGAAGAAAGGUUUCUUUGUGUGUGUGAUAACACAAAGGUAUUUUAUGGGCAUAUAUUUUUACAAGUAUUACUACUGGGUAUUUUACAUUAAAAUGACUGGAGACAUAAAGAGGCAAAGUUUUUGGUGCUGUAACUUAGUUUGUCAAGUCAUGAAGACUGUUUCAGAAAGUACAGUAGAGGCAAAUACUUGUAACUGUUGACAACAAAUACAUGUGUUACUCCAUUUUAUAGGGGUUGCAGUUAAGCUGAGUGAAAUGCUAUCUUUUAUUUUCUAGUUGUACUGUAGUUAUAGAGCACCUGUACACUUCUUUUCUGCUACGAGCCCAAGGGUCAGGCCUGCAAACUUGUUGACACAGUAUAUAAGUUGCCUGAGCCAUACUGGUCAUGAAAUGGGAUUUCAGGACCAAACCCUCAUUAUUUUGUGUAGAAUUCUUAAUGUACAGUAUCUGACGUUUAGGUGUCAAGAUUAUUUCAGGGAGGUAAAGGUUGACUGUAAGUAAGUGGAACUAAUGUUGAUUCACAGAAGUAGUAGACCCUUGCUCAAAUUACCCUCCCAAAUCAGUGAAUACUAUUCUUUUUAGUCACUGAGAUGAGGUAUGAGUGAUCUGUGCAAUAUGUUCAUAAAUGACUUGAUUAUUUUCCAAAGAAUAAGUAAAUUUUUGAAGUUGUAACAAAAGGGGGAUGGUUAACUAACAUACUGUAUGGUAUCCAAGGAGCAUGAUAUUAAUUUUGGUGCAUCUUGGUUUAAUUCUUGCAUUUCUUGGUUCAUUAUCAUUUAUGCAUGGAAUUUAUAUAUAUUUUUAUAUCCAUGCCACCACUGUGGCCUUAUUGACCCUUAAAGCUCAGGCCAACUUAGGAGUCUCUGAAUGAGCUCUUGGGCACCAACAUUUUAAAAUCAAUUUGCUCAUUUGGUUGACAUAUACUAAGUGGAGGCUUUUGGCAUCUUCUCCUUGGACACAGACAUUCUCGAGCAAACAUCAGUUGUAUUCUGGACAGUAUGGGAGGAUCACAUCUCAUGAUCCCCCAGCUGAGGGAGUUUAGUAAAUAAAAAUAACCAUAUCCUAAGCUCCAUAAAUACUGCACACAAGGUCCACAAAUAAACCAAAUUCCAAAACAGAGAGCCGCCACCCCCCUAUUUUCGUCCUGCAAAUACACGUGGAUCCUCAGACCACCUGUCAUUUAAAUCCCAUUCCAGCCACCAUGGACCUUGAUAUAAUAGUUAACUUUAAUUUUUCAUAUUAUAACAUAUAGUACUGUAUACAUAUACAGUAUAUAUAAUAUUAUAUACAGUACGUAUAUUAUUAUUAUUGUUAUUGGCCACCCGAGCUUUAGGGGUUAAAAAUCAGUAAAUUAUUAUCAAAAUAUUUUCCAUCCCAUAUGUCAGUGCAUGUCAUGCAUUUUGUCUGACAAGAAAAUGAACAAGUCACAUCCCAUUAUUAUACAGUAUUCCCGAAUGAAUUCAUGGGAUAUCAUAGAAUCUGCGUGAUGUAUCCACCUUUGCCACAGGAUAUUUAUCAUGUCUGCACGAUAACUUUAACAAAAUCAGGUGGAUACCUUUCUCAUAAGGGGUAAACAUUUAUACUUGCAUCUCCCAUGGCAAAAAGCCUUUCAGCUAGGCUGCUUUUAGACAAGGUGCUAACCCACACCUAUAGUGUAGUGCAAUUUUGUGCACAUUUAUGACCUUGACGUUUUGACCUCAAAAGUAUAGCCUGAUUCGGGUAUGUCAGGAUGAACUUAAAUGGCAUGAUUAAUGAUUCUUUUAAUAUUAAUUCUUAAGUUAUGUGGAAACAAACAGACAACUCACAGACAGAUCUGAAUACUCUACAUUAGCCCAAUACCAUCAGCAUAAAUAACAAGGGAAUUGAGGGCAUUUGUUGGGAUGUAAAUUAUUGCGUGUUUUACUUGAUGCGAUCAUGUAAAGUCUAGCUUUAGUAUCUAUAUAAUGACCAUAUUAUAUGGUUCUUAUUGUGUAUUUAAAUCUGGAAGGCACUAGUAAAUACAAAUGGCAUUGUAUGUAUAUGAUACUUCGAUAAAUCUGCCUAUGUUCAUGUGAACUUGGAUUUUAAUACUGUACUGUAUUAUCACGUGUACAGUAACUGUUUUGAUGAAAAAUCCUAACCCUAGUAGGUUAGUCAUCUAUAAUAUAUUGUUCAGUCUUCUGAAAUCUUUCAUGGAGAACUGGAUAUUUGUUCAUUACUACUAGCCAAUUGUAAAUGUGUGCCUCUACAAUUAGUUAAAUAUUGGAACUAAGAAAAUUAUAUAAAAAUGAUACAAAGUGACUCUUGAUUUGAUAAAAUACACUGUAGUGGCCCUCCUCUGACCACUACAAAGUGAAAUAAAAUUAAUUAAUCAUUGCAUUGUUUUAUAUAAAGGUCAUUAACGAGUUUUGUUAUAAGUACUUGCAUUAAUUUGUUGUAUUUUACGUAUAUACAAAGAUGAUUAAUUAUU